GCACAACAAAGUUGUGUGACUUGUGUCCUCACUGCAUGCUGUAAGCAUCCACGUGAUUAACUUUGAGCAUUGACAGACUUUGAUUCCUUUUCCCUUUUGAGAUAAUUUUUUUUGGGUUUACAGAUUUCAGAUUCUCCCUGUUCUUCAAUUUUGGGGGAGAGGGUAGGGUGAACAGAUAUAUUUUUGUUUAUGGAGUCAGCUUUUAUGGAAGUCUCCGUAGAGCUUGUGAAUGGAGCGUUUUUCUUGCUCUUGGCUAUAUGGGUACUGGUCGACAAGAUGAGACAGGGCAGCCAAGGUGGUGACAAAAUAUUGAAGCGUACAGCAGCGCUAGACAGAAAAUCUACAGUUUUUGCUGUGAUUAACAUUGUUUCUAAUGCUCUGCUUUCGAUUUCCUACAUGGGUUUCUGCGUUUUUGAGUUUUGGAAUCUUAAAGUAAUUCGUUUUAGAUCUAUAUUUCCAGCUAUGAGUUGGACUAUUGUGGUUGUAUAUGCUUUCUUAGCAAAAAGCAGAGUCCUUAAAGGAGACAAAGGCUGGCCUCUAGUUCUUGUUCUUUGGUGGGUUUACUGCGGCAUUAUCAAUUCAGUCUCUCUCUCUAAUUUCCUAAUCGCCCAUUAUAAAUCCGAGGGCUUUCCAGAGUUUCUCCCAGCAGCAAAAGUGUUGGACAUCAUAUCCCUUCCUCUAAUUUUCAUACUUUGUAUCAAUGUUCUGUGGUUUAGUUGCAGCAAGAAGAAGCAUGGUGAUCUUGAACACCCAUUGCUUCAGAAGGAGCAAGAAAAUGUCUCUCACGAAGAUGCUGAUGCUUUUACUGCUGCUGGGGUUUGGAGCCAACUCACAUUUCUAUGGCUAAAUCCACUCUUCCAAAAGGGUCGAACCCAGAAGCUAGAAUUACCUCACAUUCCUUCUAUUCCUCCCUCUGAAACAGCUCACAAAUCUUAUUUGUCAUUAGAAGAAUCGCUGCAGAAGAAGAAAGCUGAAGCUUCUUCACUGUUAAAAGCCAUAAGCUACAGUAUCUGGAGACCUGUGGCCGUAAAUGCAGUGUUUGCAGGAGUUAAUACAAUUGCUUCAUAUAUGGGUCCUCUGCUGAUCAACAACUUUGUGAAUUUCAUUACGGGUGAGCACCAACAUUUGAGCUACCGCUAUGGAUUAAUGCUUGUAUUCAUCUUUUUCCUCUCAAAAACUGUGGAAUCACUGGCUCAAAGACAAUGGUACUUUGGCGCACAGCGAAUCGGUAUCCGAAUCCGAGCUGCCCUGAUGGUAAUGAUUUACAAGAAGUUCCUUUCAAUCAAGUAUUCCAGCCCACACAAUGGGAAAGUUACAAAUUUUAUCAAUGUGGAUGCUGAGAGGAUUGGGGAUUUCUUCUGGCAUAUUCAUGGAGUAUGGUUGCUUCCACUUCAGGUCUUUCUAGCUUUGGUCAUCCUGUACAAGAAUCUUGGUGCCAUCCCCUCAAUUUCUGCACUUGCUGCUACUGUUUUCAUGAUGAUUAUCAACAUCCCAUUAGCCAACAGGCAGGAAAGGCUCCAGUCCAAGAUCAUGGAGGCCAGGGACUCUAGAAUUGAAGCCACUGCAGAGACUCUGAAGAGCAUAAGAGUAUUGAAGAUGCAUUCUUGGGAAUCAAAUUUCUUGCAGAAGAUCCAGCAUCUUCGAAAAGCCGAGGGAAGUUGGCUGAAGAGGUAUCUCUACACAUGUUCGGCAGUGGCUUUUCUCUUCUGGGCAUCUCCAACCUUAGUUUCGGUAAUCACCUUUGGGGUUUGCAUUUUAUUAAACACUCCAUUAACUCCUGCAACAGUUCUCUCUGCUUUAGCGACAUUCCGGAUUCUACAAGAGCCCAUCUACAACUUACCAGAGCUCAUUUCUAUGAUUGCUCAGACAAAGGUCUCACUUCAUCGCAUUCAACUAUUUAUAAGAGAGGAAGACCAAGACGAGCAGUCAUUAUACCAUAUAUCAAGAGAAUAUAAUGUUGCAAUUGAAAUUGAAACUGGUGAAUAUGCUUGGGAAACUAGUGAUUCUAAUUCCAAACCCACAAUCAAGAUUACUGAGAAGAUGCAAAUUAUUAAAGGACAGAAGAUUGCAAUUUGUGGUUCAAUUGGCUCGGGUAAAUCAAGCUUACUCUGUAGUAUUCUGGGUGAAAUACCCAAGAUUUCUGGGCAGCAUAAUAAGGUUUAUGGAUCAAAAGCUUAUGUCCCGCAGAGCGCUUGGAUUCAAACAGGAACUAUUAGAGAGAAUGUGUUGUUUGGCAAGGAAAUGAACAAGGCCUUCUAUGCGGAUGUUCUAGAAGCAUGUGCUUUGAACCGGGACAUUGAAACAUGGACAGAUGGAGAUUUAAGUGUAGUGGGAGAGAGAGGGAUGAAUUUAAGUGGAGGACAAAAGCAAAGGGUUCAAUUGGCAAGGGCAGCCUACAGCGAUUCAGAAGUUUAUUUUCUGGAUGAUCCUUUCAGUGCUGUUGAUGCACAUACUGGAGCACAUCUCUUCAAGAAAUGUCUAAUGCAAAUGUUGUCUCAAAAGACUGUCCUUUAUACCACCCACCAGUUGGAAUUCCUACAUGCUUCAGACUUUGUCCUGGUAAUGAAGGAUGGUAGGAUUGUCGAAUCUGGAAAAUAUGAAGACUUGAUGCGUGAUCCUAAUGGGGAACUUGUUAGACAGAUGGUUGCACACAGAAAAUCUCUAAAUGAGGUAAACCCACCCAAAGUAUACAAAUCCAUGGCUGGUGGGUCCCUUAAAAGUAAUCAAAUUGAAGUCGCAGAAGAAAAUCUCAAAGACACUAUUACUGACAACAUUUUAGAGAAAACACAUGAAGAGGAAACAGAAACUGGUAGAGUGAAAUGGCAUGUUUACUCAACCUUCAUCUCUUCUGCAUACAGAGGAGCUCUUGUUCCAGUUAUCCUUUUUUGUCAAGUUCUCUUCCAGGGACUACAGAUGGGUAGUAAUUACUGGAUUGCUUCGGCAACUGAAAAAGAAGACAGAGUUAGCAAGGAAUGGUUGAUAGGGGCUUUUGCUUUGCUGUCUGGAGGGAGCUCAAUCUUCAUAUUGGGAAGGACAGUCUUUCUAUCAAUGAUUGCCAUAGAGACUGCUCAGCGCCUCUUCCUUGGCAUGAUUAAUUCGGUUUUUCGGGCACCAAUUAUAUUCUUUGACUCCACACCCUCGAGUCAAAUCCUUGGUAGGGCUUCUACAGAUCAAAGCAUUGUAGACACAGACAUUCCCUACAGAUUAGCAGGAUUAGCAUUUGCUCUGAUUCAGCUAUUUAGCAUCAUCAUCCUUAUGUCUCAGGUUGCCUGGCAGGUUUUCCUUCUCUUCAUUACCAUCCUGGCAAUCUCCAUAUGGUAUCAAGCUUACUACAUUACCACUGCCAGGGAGCUAGCUAGGAUGGUUGGAGUACGAAAAGCUCCAAUACUCCACCACUUUUCAGAAUCCAUCUCUGGUGUUGCAACAAUACAUUGCUUCAAUCAGAAAAAACGCUUCUCCACUAAAAUUCUUAGAUUAAUUGAUGACUAUUCCCGCGUUGCCUUCCACAACAGUGCCACCAUGGAAUGGCUAAGUGUUCGGAUCAACUUCCUCUUCAACCUUGUCUUCUUUCUAGUCCUUGCAAUUUUAGUGAGCCUGCCAAGGUCAGCCAUUGACCCCAGCUUGGCAGGACUGGCUGCUACCUAUGGCUUGAAUUUAAAUGUUCUGCAGGCUUGGGUGAUAUGGAACUCAUGCAAUGUGGAGAACAAAAUGAUAUCAGUGGAAAGAAUUCUUCAAUUCAGUAAUAUACCAAGCGAAGCUCCACUAGUGAUUGAAGACUGCAGACCUCAACCUGAGUGGCCCACCAAUGGAAGAAUUGAACUUGAAAACCUGCAAGUUCGAUACAGCCCUACUCUCCCAAUGGUAUUGAAAGGAAUAACCUGUGCUUUCCCUGGAGGCAAGAAGAUUGGAGUUGUAGGCAGAACAGGUAGUGGAAAGUCCACACUAAUACAAGCUCUGUUCAGGGUGGUAGAGCCCAAAGAAGGACGGAUUCUCAUUGAUGGAGUGGAUAUCUGUGAGAUAGGUUUGCAAGAUCUGAGGUCUAGGUUAAGUAUAAUUCCCCAAGACACAACAUUAUUUCAAGGAACCAUAAGGAUGAAUCUGGAUCCUCUACAGCAGCAUUCAGAUCCAGAAAUUUGGGAGGUUUUAAGAAAGUGUCGUUUAGCAGACAUAGUAAAGCAAGAUCAGAAGCUUCUUGAUGCACCAGUAGCAGAAGAUGGGGAAAAUUGGAGUGUUGGACAAAGGCAGCUCGUCUGUCUGGCUAGAGUCCUCUUACAAAGAAGGAGAAUUCUGGUCUUGGAUGAAGCCACAGCCUCCGUUGAUACAGCGACAGACAAUGUAAUUCAGAAGACGAUAAGAGAAGAAACAAGUGGACAUACAGUUAUCACUGUAGCUCAUCGAAUACCAACCGUAGUUGAUAAUGACCUGGUUUUAGUUCUUGAUGACGGCAACAUUGUCGAGUAUGACUCCCCAGCUCAGUUGCUUAAGGAUGAUUCUUCAGCAUUCUCAAAGUUGGUGAUCGAAUUCUUAAGGAGAUCAUCCAAGAGUAAUUGUGAUCAGAAUUUGACUUGAGGAUAGCGGUAGGAGUUAUACAUGAAGUUUUUUUAUUCCUUGAAGGAUGGAAUGGGAAGCAGGAAUUACAAGCGAAAUGACAGCAAUAGAACUAACAACAUACAAGCUGAUUACACAAUGCUAAAGCAAUUUUGCUGAUGUCCCUUGCUAGAGUUUGGGACUCCCAUGAUGGAGCUCUUGAGUUUGAAUUUUGCAAGGAGUUGGGAAGGCAUAUGGGAUGGAUGGAAAAUGAAUUAUCUUCCACAGUGUAGCCUAGAACUAGUGCAAAAUAUAUAUAUAUAUAUAUAUAUAUAUAUAUAUAUAUAUAUGUAUUUACUUACUAAUACAAUUGUAAAUUGUCAGUAGUUGAGGCUAAUAAAUACAAAUUUUUCAUUGGCUCAAA